UUGCAGACUGACAUGGCUGCUGCUUGUCUGUUCCCACGCUGGCAGCCGAUGCUGCAGUAAGAUGGUGCCCUGCUAAGUCCUGCUGAUGGUAUUAUAUAUACUUUAAUGGUAACUUGCAUAAUGGAGAGCGCUACGUAUCCAGAGGAAAAGCUACAGGAAGUGGGAAAAGUAACUCUGUGCCGGGAAUCCCAAGUGUCCAUGUUACUAGCAAUAUUUGGAGAGCGCAAGCACCUGAGUUUUCCUUCCAUAUUUAUUUACGGUCACACCGGCACUGGGAAAACGUAUGUCUUGCAGACUGUUUUGAACACCCUGGAGCUUCCUCAUGCGUUUGUAAACUGCGUGGAGUGUUUUUCACCUCGGUUGUUAUUUGAGGAAAUUCUCAACAAGCUCUUCCAUCACUGCCCAGCUCCAGAAAACGAAUAUUCCUCAAUUGAAAGAUGUGACACAUUAAAUGAUUUUGUUCGAAUGUAUAAGAAGGCAGUUACGAGUGAGGAUUUGGAAAAUGAAACGGUUUACAUUGUUCUGGAUAAGGCAGACCUGUUACGGGAAAUGGAUGCAAAUCUCUUGCCUGGCUUCCUCAGAUUACAGGAACUGACAGAGAGCAAUGUGACGGUCAUAUUUCUGAGCGAAAUCGUUUGGGAAACUUUCCGUCCGAAUACUGGCUGCUUGGAACCAUUAACAUUAUAUUUUGCGGAUUACAGUAAAGCGGAACUUCAAAGGAUCCUAUCCAGUGAUUAUCCUGAAGAGUACUCUGCAGAAUUCUAUGCGUCCUACAUUAAUAUUCUUCUUAGUGUUUUUUACACUGUAUGCCGGGACAUAAAAGAACUCAGGCACUUGGCUGAGCUUAACUUCAUAAAGUACUGUGAACCUGUCACUAAAGGGGAAGCAAAAGAAACCGAUUCACAUAAACUAUUUCGAAAUAUUGAGCCUCAUUUAAAGAGGGCCAUGCAGACGGUUUAUCUCCGGGAAAUAUCAAGCUCCCAGUGGGAGAAGAUGCAGCAAGAAGACAGAGAAGCAGGACAACUCAGAGGGUUAUCUGCUCACGCCCAUGUAGAAUUGCCUUACUACUCCAAAUUUCUGCUCAUUGCAGCCUAUCUGGCUUCCUUCAACCCUGCAAGAACAGACAAAAGGUUUUUCCUAAAGCACCAUGGGAAAAUUAAGAAGACAGAUUUCGCGAAAAAACACGAAAAGACUAGCAACCACCUUCUAGGACCCAAGCCAUUUCCCUUGGAUAGACUUCUGGCCAUAUUGUAUAGCAUUGUGGAUAGCAGAGUGGCACCAAGUGCGAAUAUCUUCUCUCAGAUUUCCUCUCUUGUGACCCUGCAGCUGUUGACCUUGGUUGGCCACAAUGAUCAGCUUGAUGCACCAAAGUACAAGUGUACAGUGUCAUUGGAUUUUAUUAGAGCGGUGGCAAGAACUGUGAAUUUUGACAUUAUAAGAUACCUGUACGAUUUUCUUUGAAAAUCUGUUUUGUGAUGAAGACUACAAAGAGCUAUCAUGGAUGAAAAUGGGAACCCACCAAUGAAAACCAUAAAAUAGUCCAACGGAA